UCCAUAUAUUUCCGUUGAUAACCAGUUUUUACUUCAGACAAAAAUGGAGCUUUGUAUAAGGUUGAGAACAGGCCUUCUAAAUUCCAAACACCAAACCCCUCAAUUUCUUCAAAAUCCAUCACUUUUUUCUAUUAAUCUUAAACCCCAUUUCUUACAAUUCGAUACCAGUUCAUUAAAUUCUCAGAAAAUUUCGUUAAUUUCCCGCCAAACCCAUAAUCCAACGGUUGUCUGUGCUCGUAAAUCUGCGUCACCGUCUCCGUCAACUUCUCUGGACUACGGACCCGAAAAAGAUAAGCUUCCAGCUGACAUUAAAGUCACUGAGUCUCCAGAACCCAAUUCAAGAUUGAGGUUGUCUGUUGAGGUUCCUUCGGCUGUAUGCGAUCAAUGUUACGGAAGGGUGAUGAAAGAAUUCAUGAAGGAAGCUAAGGUUCCUGGAUUUCGACCUGGGAAGAAUGUUCCGGAGAGUAUUCUUGUAGGUUAUGUUGGCAAGGAAAAUAUUCAUAAGGCUACUGUUGAAUCUGUAUUGAAGAGGACACUUCCACAUGCCAUGAAUUCGGUGACUGGAAGGGCUUUGAGGGACUCAGUUCGCAUAGCAACCAGAUUCUCUGAAAUGGAGAAGACUUAUUCUUCUCUCAACAUUCUCAGGUACGACGUUAUUGUUGAUGUGGUUCCUGAAGUCAAAUGGGUCCCGGAUAAUGGAUACAAAAACCUGAAGAUUGUUGUUGAAAUAGAUAGUGAUAUUGACGCACAGAUCGCUUCUGAAAAAGAAUUAAGGCGCCGACAUAAAGCCCUCAGUGCCCUGAAAGUCGUAACUGACAGAGGACUACAGGUUGGCGAUGUUGUUGUGAUUGAUAUUUCAGCUACAAAGUCUGAUGAUAAAUCAAGUGUUCAAAAUAUCCCAGAUGCAGAGAGUAAAGGUUUUCACUUCGAUACAGAGGAUGGGGAUACAGUACUCCCUGGUUUUCGUGAUUCUUUAAUUGGAAUUCAACGAGGUGAAACAAAGUCGUUCCCGCUUGUGUUUCCUGAAUCAUGGAGCCAAAAAAAUCUUCGGGGUGUUCAUGCUCAGUUUACUGUUCAAUGCAAUGAACUAUUUUACAGAGUUAUGCCCGAAUUGGACGACUCCCUUGCUGACAAACUAUUCCCUGGGUGCACCACUUUACAGCAGGUCAAGGAAUCACUGUUGCAGAUAUGCUUAGAUGCGGAGAAAGCAGCAAAAGACCAGGCAACUGAUAAUGCAAUUCUUGAACAGCUUUGCAAGAUGGUGGAGGUUGACAUUCCUAAAUCCAUGUUUGAAGAACAAGGUAGACAGCUUUAUGGAGCUAGACUUCUCCAAAUCCAGGCAAAUAUGAAACUGAACGAGCAACAGCUGGCAACUCUAUCUGGUCCGACGGCUGUUAAUGAGUACCUAGAAAACCAAAAGGAGAACAUUUCAAAAGUGAUAAAACAAAAUCUGGCAGUUGGAGACAUAUUCAGACGUGAAAAUCUUCAGUUCUCAACGGAGGAACUUGUCAAAGAAGUUGAGAACUCGGUUGCUGAAUUCAAACGCCACAAACAAGAAUACGACGAGGCGAACGUGAAGGAUCAGGUGCAAGAGAUACUAGAGGGAGCAAAGGUGCUUGAAUGGUUGCGCGAGCAUUCGGAAAUUCAACAUAUAACCAGGUGAGAUAUGAAGGCAUACUCCGUACUACUACCACAAACGGUUAUGUAGAAGAAGCAUUAUAGAGUUUUCGAUUCUCAAAAUUUUGAUUCCUAGGCUAACAAUUGUGGAGAAUGAGAGUGUAAACUUUGUAUUUCUAUAGGGAAGAAGUGCAGGUUUUACAUUAAAAACAUUUCAUAGAACUGAAGCUACCAAAUUUUCAAAUACAUUAUCAAUAAGCUCAAGAAAAUAACAAAAAAUUGUUAUUUGCUUCCUAA